CGCCGCGGCCGCUGUUCAUCAAUGCCUCUGACAGGAGGAGGGCUGCGCCCGCCCUGCUUUUUCUAGAAGCAUGACCGCAUCCCGGCUGUCGGGGCGGCGAGGGCAGGAGGGGAGCGGAACAGGAGGCCGGGGGACGCGGGUCUGGGACAGCAGGUAGCGGAGCGGCGGGCAGCUGUCGCUGCGGCUCAGACGGCCAGCGGCCGCGGCAGGUGCAGGCUCCGCGUCUCUGUGCACAAAGGCGCCGGGCGGCCAGCAGAGCUGCCCUGGACGACAGGAGGGCACACUCCCCGCCGAGUGAGCUGGAAGACCCGGGGGAAGGCCGCGCCGGCGCCCACAUGCUCAGCACCGCCAGGGUUCCUGCGGACCGGCCAGUGCGCAUCGCCUUCAGCCUCGGCCAGGCCUCAGAUGGCGCCCCUCCGGAGGACCCCGCGCUGCUCUUCCCGGAACUAGACCAGCAGCUGCAGCCCCUGCCGCCCAGCCAUGACUCCCUGGAGUCCAUGCAGGUCUUCCAGCAGCACUGCCAGAUCGCUGAGGAGUACCGCGAAGUCCGCCAGGAGAUCGCGCAGCUCGAGGAGAGGAAGAAGGAGCUCCUUGCGAAGCUGGCGCAGGCGGAGGAGGAGAAGGUGGACGCCGCCCAGCUGGCCCGGGAGUUCGAGGCGCUGACGGAGGAGAACCGCUCCCUGAAGCUGGCGCAGUCCCAGUGCGUGGAGCAGCUGGAGAAGCUCCGCGUCCAGUACCAGAAGCGGCAGGGCUCGUCCUAGCGCAGCGGCCCCUGCCCCCCCACCCCCCCAUCCCCCACCCCCCCAUCCCCCCACCCCCCCAUCCCCCCAU